AUGGACACGAGUCAGGUGCAGCCCAUCAAGCUCAACAGGGUCACCAACGUGCUGCACAGGACUGGUUCCCAGGGACAGUGUAUGCAGGUACACAUGGAAUUCAUGGAUGACACGAGCCACUCCAUCACCCGUAAAAGGCCUGUGCGGGAAGGCGACAUGCUCACCCUGCUGGAGUCGGAAAGGGAGGCUCAGAGAUCCAUGGUGUUAAGAAUCGACAAGAGACUUUAA